UGAUAUUCGUUUGAAGAAGAUCUUGUAUGGAAUCAUCGCCGUGAGACAUGGGCAUCAUUGGCGACAUGAAACGCGACAAAUCGUUGGGAAGCAGUAGCAGCAGCACGACGAGCAGCGGCAAUCGUAGCGGCAGUAGCCUGUUGGGCGACCGGCCUCGUCCGCUGUCCGCUUUCUGGGGCGGACUUGGAUCGAAGUCGUCGUCGUCUCCCAAGUCGGAGCCGGUCGUGCCCAAAGGCUACAAAUUGAAGCACUCGUAUGGCGGAUCGACGGGCCACUUGGACGCGUACGGAGGCGGAUUGGGCGGCGGGAUGAGGCCAGCCGUUUCGAUGCCGGUCGUGGCCGGUGCCCACCUUCCGGUGGCUUCGCCCAGCAGCCGCAAUAACGCCGGCCACGCUGUUAGCGGGUCGAACCACAUCAACGGCAGUGGCAAACAUCGGCAUCAGCAACAUCGCAACAGCCUUCCGCCGGCCUUGAUCCAACAUCCUUCAUUACAGCAACGAUCCAAUCAACAGCGUCCACCGUCGCGUGCAAUCAGCACGACUACCAUCAACAGCGGCUUAACGUCCCGGAUGAAAGUGGAUCCCGAACUGAUCUUCACGAAACAGGAGCGGAUCGGUAAAGGAUCGUUUGGCGAAGUGUUUAAAGGUAUCGACAACCGGACACAACAGAUCGUGGCCAUUAAAAUCAUCGAUCUUGAAGAGGCCGAAGAUGAAAUUGAAGACAUCCAGCAAGAGAUCAUGGUGUUGUCGCAGUGCGACAGUCCCUACGUCACUCGUUACUAUGGAUCCUACCUCAAAGAGACGAAGCUGUGGAUCAUUAUGGAGUACCUGGGCGGAGGUUCAGCGCUCGACCUGAUGAAGGCUGGCAAUUUUGACGAGAUGCAAAUCGCCAUCAUCCUCCGCGAAGUGCUCAAGGGCUUGGAAUACCUGCACUCUGAACGCAAACUCCAUCGUGACAUUAAAGCGGCCAACGUGUUGCUAAGUGAGCAAGGAGACGUCAAAUUGGCGGAUUUCGGCGUGGCCGGCCAGUUGACCAACACGACGAGCAAACGCAACACCUUUGUAGGCACGCCCUUCUGGAUGGCGCCUGAAGUCAUCAAACAAUCAGCCUACGAUUCAAAAGCGGACAUAUGGUCACUGGGCAUCACGGCCAUCGAGCUGGCCAAAGGGGAGCCGCCCAAUUCCGACUUGCAUCCCAUGCGCGUCCUUUUCCUCAUCCCAAAGAAUAACCCGCCUCAGCUGACGGGCAACUAUUCGAAACAAUUUAAGGAGUUUGUCGAGGCCUGUCUCAACAAAGAUCCCGAAAACAGGCCGACAGCCAAAGAGUUGUUGAAAACGCCUUUUAUCCGCAAGGCAAAGAAGAAUCCUUACCUGAUCGACCUGAUUGACCGCUUCAAGAAAUGGAGGAUGAUGCACAAUGGCGACAGCGGCACCGAUUCCGACAAUUCCGACUCGGAGGGCUCGCAUACGGACAACGACGCCAGCGAUCCGUGGAUCAACACGGUGACGAGCAUCGAGUCGAUCGUGGCACGCAGUGGCUACCCUUCCGACCGGGACAAAGAAAAAUUAAGCGAUAACAAGGAGUCUACGGCUAAAGUGUCAUCAUCGUCUCUUGAGCAGCAGUCACGUUCCCCGCCAUCUUCAACGACGGUCAAGAGUCCGAUGAACGGGAAUUCGGUGACGGUUGUGGCGGCUGCCUCCGUCGCCGCCACCACCAAUUCGUCCUCGGGCGAUCGAAACCUGUCGCGAUCUGAUGCCGAAUUAUCUAAAUCACCGCCAAAAGAGCUGUCGUCCAGUCCUAACAAACAUCAGCAGCAACAACAACAACAACAAGCAGACCAGAAUAAUAAAAGGUUACAGGCGAGUCCUUCAAGGGCUGGCGACGUCGGCAUGCGGAGAUUCGAUGAACCGGAGCGAGAUCGAGACAGCAGAGAGAGAGAUAGCCGUCCUGAGCAUCACCACCAGCGAAGCCGCAGCGACAAACAACAGGCUCCGCUUCCACCCGUGAAGGAUCUCAACCGGCGUAACAAUGACGAGCCGGACACGAGCAAACCUCACAGAUCCUCGCAGCAGCAGCAGCAGAACAAUUCGCGGCCAAAGAGUGCCAUACCUAGCGUCAUAUCGCCCCUCCUCGUUGACCUAUCGAAGAGGUAUCGUGGCGGCACUGGUAGCAAUGGCAAAAGUCCGUUGGACGAACUGCUCCAUGCCUUUGAGAUGGCCGAGCGAUCCAGUCCUGGUGUGACGGAGCUCUUUGUCAGAGACUUGCUGGCCAAAAUGGUGCCCAACAUGACCGAGUCCCGCGUCAGAACUGUCGUUGAUCGAAUGAUAAGAGAUUCAUCCUAAAGAAGUAGUAAGUGGGUGACAUGACCUGAUAGCAGAUCGUACUUACCGAGCAAGAAAAUGUUUUGUUUUGUCCAACCCGAUAGCGACGCCAUCAUCACCAAAACCACGGGCAACGUUCUCUCCUUGCUCCUGUGUCUUUGUUUUAUUCAGCGGAAUGAAACAAGACGAAGAAAGAAAGAAAGAAAAAGAAGAAUAGCUGAUAUAACUAUUGUUAAUCAUUUCCCUCCUCCCUCUCCCCUGUAGCUCCUGUUAUUGCAUCCGGAGUAGGUUCCUUCCGGUCACCCAGCUCCACAGAAAGAGAGAAACGAGUAUGUGUGUGUGUGUGUGUGUGUAUGCGUGUGCCGUAGAGAGAAAUUAUGGGGGGAAUAGGAGAGGGACUUUUUUUUUUUUUUAAAUCUACAAAAUCAAUUUAUAAUUAAUAAGAAUAAGGAAGAAGAGUCCUAGUGUGAUUGUGUUAUAUACAUUGUGGAACCCCCCCCCUUCUUUUUUUUUAUUAUGGUUAAUAUUAAAAGUUGUUUUUAAUGGGAUGCAAAACAGAAAAGUCACAAAAUUAAGUAAGAAAGAAAAAAAUUUGUUGGUAGAUGUGCAUUUUGCUGCUGCUACCAGGAAGUCUUUGGGAUGGAAACGAAUCCGACUUUUUGAGCCAGGUUUAUACAGUUGAAAAAUCAGAGUCUUUAUUAGUGUGUGGUGUAAGAAUCUUGUUACGAGUCCUUUUGAUUCUUCCAACAUGUUUACUGAAAAAAAAAAAAAAAAACAGGAAAACAACUUAAAAAUUCCGUUCCGAUCCCUCCCAAGCUCCUUUUCUGUUUCGUGGUUGUUUUUUUUUUUUUUUUUUAAUUUUUGCUCGCCUCUACAUUUGUGUAUGUGUGUAAUAUCUUAGGAUUUUUUGUACAGACCUUCCUCCCCUUUACCCAUUUUUUUUUUUUUUUUU